AUGAAGAUAUUGUGCCUUCCUGGCGCCUAUGGCAGCUCUGAUAAGUUUCAGGUGCAGUUGGCACCUCUCGUCAAGGAACUAACCGAAGACGGAACGGCAACGUUCCACUUCAUCCACGGGCCGUGCAAAGCUGUUCCCCCAGAGGGAUUCGAAGAUUACUUUGGAAACCCGCCGUACUUCCGUUUUAUCGAGCCAGACAAGGACGUGGAGCAGACGGAUGAAGAUGACAUCUUGAUGAGGAUCCGGGAUUUCCCCGACUGCGAGACGCCUGAGGACACUAUGCGCGAGCUGACGCGGGACGGUAUCGCGACGACACACCGCAGCACCGACAACGCGAUGAAGUACCUGCUCAAGAUUAUGCACGAGCAGGGCCCAUUUGACGCCAUCAUCGGGUACUCGGAAGGCGCAACAGUGGCUGCCACACUCCUGCUUCAUGAGCAGCGAAGGUUCAAGAAGAAGAAUAUUCCACCAAUGUUCAAGUACGCCAUCUUCUUUGCGGGGUGGCCUCCAAUGGACCCGGACCGCCACAGCAUGAUUCUAAGCGACGAGUCGGACGCCAUGAUCGAUAUCCCAACUUGCCACAUCAAAGAACGGGUUCACUCUAAUAUUCUGCAGCGCGUACGGCAAAUCCGGGAUACUGCUGAUGAUGCCAUCGCUUCCCAUGAGAUAAGGCUACCCGAAAACGCCCGCGGUAAUCCACUGCAGCCCGCCUUGAUUGCGAGGGCACGAUACAUAGGUGGGGGGUUCAGAUUGAGUCUGGCCGCACCCGUGAGGUUGACGUACCUGCAGACAAGGAGGGUUACGGGCGCGGCAGAGAACCCCUGA